AAACUGACCCUGUGCACUCUAUGACCUAGGUGAAACAUCGGAGGUGACCUGGCACGGGAAGGGCAACGAAGACAAACGCGGCCAACCGGUGACCACCACAUCGGACUCGUGGCUAUACCUCAACGGACACGCCAUCGUCUGCAGCCGAUACAUGGCUGUGGCGGCACUCGUCUCAGCCAUGAAUCCGUCGAUAAACGCCACCCAAGACUCGGAGGAAUUGGCAAUCGUCCAGAAGGAGCUGCUGUGGAUACUGUACGAGAACGGCCAUCUCGGUCAGUACCCGAUGGCCAUCGGCAACCUAGGUGACCUCGAGGACAUAUGCCCGUCGUUGACGCCGCGCAAGUCGCCCAUCGAGCUCUUCUACGAGGCCAUCGCUGUGGCCAAGAAGUCGUACGCCGACCAUCACGUCUAUCCCUACACAUAUCUCGCCGGUUAUCUCUAUAGGAAUGGCCGCUUCAAAGAGGCCCUCAAGACGUGGGCCGACGCGGCACAAGUGGUGAAACAAUACAACUACACGCGCGACGACGAAGAGAUCUACAAAGAGUUUCUGGAGAUCGCCAACGAGCUGAUCCCGCACAUGGUUCGCGUGGUGUCUGCCGGCGGCUGUGAACCGUCGGGUAUGUCCGCCCGACCGCUACUCCAAGACCCGGAGUGUUUCGCAUAUCUGUUGCGUUUCUACGACGGCCUCUGCGGUUGGGAAGAGGGCUCCGCCACUCCCGUGCUCCACAUCGGGUGGGCUAAGCCACUGGUGGCCACUAUCGCAAAGUUCCCGCACUAUAUCAGGGCUAAAGUGGACAUCAAAGCCGACAUCAAUGAGGAGAACGAAGAGCCCGAAGACGACGACGACGACGAGGAGGAAGUGGUGGCGCCGACGGCGGCGGACAGGGAUGUGAAACCGCCGGCGCCCAAGUCUGGCGCCAUAGAGACAGCCAUUUGUGAUAAUAAUAGCCGUAAGAAUAACCAUAAGCCGAAGGCGACUGACGUCGACGAUAGCGAUGUCCACUCGGAGGCCAGUCUUUGCCACUCGGAGUCAGAACUGAUCAAAUCGCUGGUGAAGGACAUGGACGCGGUCACUGGUGAGCCGAACCCUACGAUCGCAGCCCUGGCCGCCGCUUGCAGUGAAAACAUACUGAACCCCCGGUUCCUAUUAGGUCAGGACAUUGAGAACGCGUUCACAUCGGCGCCGCCCACCGGCGCGACUACAACUGGAACCGACUCUCAGGAUAACAGCAACGCGUCGACGCCGACGUCCACACCGACCACCAGCGGACCAGCCCUACCGCCGGCGGCCGCCACUACUCAGCACCACGUGUUUGGCCGACCCGUGAACAAGGAUUUGGACCGCCGGCCGAGUCGGGCGCCGGGCGAAGAGAAAACGGCGGUCACGCUGUCGAGCCAGAAGAUUGCCGGCCUCAAGCACUUGCUGUUGGCCGACAAACUGAACACGUCGGCCAUACAGCUGCAGCUGACCGCCCAGUCCCAGGUGGACACCAAGAAACGGUACAGACAUUCCGGCACGAUCAAAGGCGGACUCUUAGGCGGACCCGAGUUUGACUUUGUGGCCACCACUACGACCACACUUUCCCGCACAAGCAAACGGAUCCGUAGGGAGUAGUGAUGUGUCGGGUGUGCUAUGCGGACCGAAAGCGGCGAUUUGUGGCCAAAAAUACUACUGUUUUUAUAUCACAAUGAAAAACAACUCAAUAAUUAUUUUACAACCAUUUGUUUACCCCUCCGACC